CAGGACUCGGCAUCGAUGGCUGCCCAGACCGCUUGGGUCUUUUGCCGCCUCUGAGCAGCGUCAUCCCUGUUCUUCGUUGUCCUCUCUAGUCUCUGUAUUGGCUCGAUCAGCGCCUCGCUCAUGUCGCGACAAAGCUAGCUUGACUUCUGCUCGUAGGCAUUGGGUCAGUUCCUCCUUGAGGCUGUUGCAUCCGCCCGUAUAUUUCGCCCAAAGGGACGACUGGUGGCAAGCGUGUAACGCCUGGAUCACCUGUGCGCAAUCUGUCCGUACUCCCCUCAGCAGCCAGACGGGAGCAUGGCAAGUCUGAUCCCUUGCGUACCUUGGUGUUGGUGCAGCGCCAGAGGUGGAUGCAUACUCUCGCCGGCUGGCCGUGGACGAUGGCCAAGAUGUCAACCUGAUCGCGCGCGCCUGUCAGCAUCCAUCCGCCCCUAACAAGUCGAGUCUUGGGGGCAGACUGACUGACCAUCACAGCAUGAGCUCGGACGAAGAAGAGGAUGAUUGGGCGCCCGCACUACCGCCUCACCUUGCCUCCAAAGCGACCACAACAGCAUCUGCCACUGCAGAGACGCGCAAACCGCUCGGACCCUCCUUACCGCCUCACCUAGCGCAAGAACGAGCGAUCGCACUCCACAGAGAACUUGCACAAGACGAAGGAGAGGACGGUAGUGAUGAUGAUGAAGCGGGCCCCAUGCCGCUUGCUUCCGAUCAAAUGACGCAUGAGGAAGAAGCAACGGAUGGCGUGAGCGAGUUUCUUGCGAGGGAGGAGAGGGAGCGCAAGAGGCUGGAGGAGGAAGGAAAGGAGAAGAAGCUGCAGAGAGACGAAUGGAUGAUCGUUCCGCCCAAGGAGAUCUCCAUGCUUGCAGCAUUCGAUCCUACAAAGAUGAAGGCGAGAGGGUUCAGGCAGGCGUCUACGAAAGAUCAACCUUCCACCGGAGGCGUAUCUGAAAUGUGGACAGAGACUCCUCUGGAGCGAGCAAAGAGAUUGCAAGAGGAGACCAUGGGCAUACGCAAGAAAGUCGUGAACACAAAGACGGAGACAGAGGAAGAAAAGCUGGACGCCGAGCGUAAACGCAAACGGGAUUACGAGAUGCGCAAUGCCAUCGACAAACACAACCGUUCGAGCCGAGCAGAGACACUUGUGGAGAUGCACGAGAAGAGUGCAAGUCAAAAGGCACAAGACCGCGCAGAAGGAAAGAAACGUCGUCGGGGGUCUCCCUCGCCACCUCCUGCUGCUAUAUGGGACAGAGACACCAUGAUGGGCGUGAGUGGGAAGAUGCUCGGCGAGAAGGAGCGCAAGACGAUGCUCAUGGAUGCAAAAGCCCUGGGCGGUCGGUUCAGUUCGGGUACAUUCAGCUAGAGGAGUCUACACCAUGAUGUUGUUGUCACUAUGCUAUCGUUCUACAGAGCCAGACGAGCGAGACAUUGCCAUUCUGAUGGAUCUGAACUGGCAGUCCUUACGACCUGCAGUUCGCCCAGAGCGAAGCUUGACAUGCCGCACAAUCGACAGGUACCAUCGCUGGCCAAGGUCUCAUCUUGGACCAUGAUCUCUUGCACGAUCGCGAGCUUGUGUGCGCUCGUCAGGUCACCAUAGACCAGCGAAAGAUGCGGAAAGUAGUCGGCUUGAUCGCCCAGUCCGAAAGGCUGGAGGGCCGCUCUCAGACGAUCAUGCAGACCGGACAGUGACUUGUCAGGUUCGAUAGCUGCAAGAACGCAUUGGAAAACAGUGCCGCCUUCGCGCACGUCUCGGAAC